CAACAUCCCCAUCCUCGUCCUCAACUCCCACCCGCAAUGUCCACGCGCGACUACACCGACUCCGAGUCGGAAUCCGAAACACCUGCUCGUCAGCUCACAUCUGCACGCUCGACGCCAGCACGCGGAUCGCCUACGCGCAGCUCGCCCACCAAAGCUGGCGGGCCCUCGAAUCCGUCGUUACGCAUCACACUCCGUCCCAACAUGUCCCACCUGGUCGACGAGUCGCCGUCCACAUCCAAGAAGCACCCGCGCGAGCGCUCGCGCGAACGCAGCGAGGGCGACCACUACGACCGCGACCGCUCGUCUGCUUCCCCGCCGCCGCCGCACCAGAUCCGCCUCAAGCUCGGUUCGAGCAGCGGCCGCGGGUCGAUGGCGUCCAAGGCAGCCUACUCGUCGUCUGAGGGCGAGAGCGACGCCCCAGAGCACCGCAAGAAGGACGACCGCUCGCCACCGGCCAAGAAGCAGCGCACAUCCAAGGGGGCAGCGAACAAGCAGUCCAAGCCUGCCGGGCCUACCCUCCCCGCGCAGCAUCGCAAGACGUACGACUGGCUCCAGCCAUCCUCGGCGUCGGCGUCGCACCACGGCCCGCCGGACCGCGAGGGCCGCGAGGCGCGUGAGCCACCCAAACCCGAGCCAAAGGUCACCCCGAAGGCCAAGAAGCCGAGAGAGAAGAAGCCAAAGGAGAAGAAGGAGGAGAUAGUGGUGGACAAGGUCGAGACGGAUGUCGACGACGACGUGCGCUCGCUCCUCGGCGAAGAGUUUGACUCGCCCCAGGGCUCGGUGCCGCCCGAGGGGAAGAGCAAGAAGGCGAUUGCUGCUGCUGCGCGCCGCAAGGCCGCCGCAGCGGGCGGCGAGGCUGGGCCAGGCCGCAACUGGCGCAAGGGACUGAAGAAGGGCGAUCCGCUGCCGUGGAAGGACGCAACAUUCCUUGGAGACGGGCACAAGGUGAUGAAGUCUUCCCCGCUGGCCACGCCACAGCGCCCGGCCGCCUCGACAGAGGGCACGCCCGAGCCGUUAGAUGCUGCGGUGCUCACUGCCGCGAUCAAGCGCGACGUGCGCGAGCCGUCGCCGCCCUUUGUGCUCGCCGACGCCGCAGCGCUCGGGUUCCCAGUCUUCUCGAAACCCAUCACGGCGCCCAAGAUCGCCCUGUCGCCCUUCCCGAAGAUCACGCAGUCGUUCGCGCCGUUCGACAACAAGCCGUUCCGACCGGAAAAGGUGCGCUCGUGGAACGUCGGCGAGCGGACCCUCGUCGGCAUAGGAGGCGGCACGCUCAAGUUCAAGACGUGGGCGCGCGGCCCGCAGUCGGCGCUGGGCGUCGUGCUCGAGGCGCAGCGCGAGGCCGAGGCGGCGGCCAAGGCGGCGAAGCGCGCGGCGAAGGAGGCAAACAACUCGGGACAGGAGAGCACGCCCGGACCCAACUCGGCGCCGCCGGAGCGCCCGCCGCUCCUCCACUCCCCGUCGGCGGACAGCGUGCUCCCGCAGGACGGCGAGGGGGAGGACAACGCGUCCGAGAUUGGCGAUGGAGAGGAGAGCGUUGCCGGGUCGGCGCGCGACUCGCCCGCUCCCAGCCCUGCGCCGAUCCGUGGUGGUCGCGGCGCUGCGUCGAAGCGCGGACGCCCGCGCAAGUCCAAGCUCGCGCAGGAGAUUAUCCCUACCGAUCAGAGCGAUGGCGAGGACGGCGGCGAGGCGGUCAAGACGGAGGAGGCUUAGCGGGGCGGUGUAGAUCCGGGAGGCGUAUACCCAUGCAUUGUAUAGAGUGUGCGGGUAGGCUGCCAAGCAGUCUGGAA